AUGUGGACUGAGAUGCAUCAGAUCUUCGAUCACAUCCGCCGCGAUGGCAAUGUGCGUGUCGUUGUAUUGUACGGCAAUGGCAAGUGCUUUACAGGAGGUUUGGACUUGCGCGAAAACGUGCUAGGUCAAUUACUUGAGAGGGACGUGGAUGCAGCACGGCGAGGUAUGAUGUUUCGCGAGUUGAUUGAGCGCUUCCAAGCUGCGAUAUCGUCUCUGGAAGUAUGUGAAAGACCUGUCAUUGGUGUAUCCCACGGCUACGUCAUUGGUCUUGGCAUCGAUAUCUUGAGUGCUGUAGAUAUUCGCUACACGUCACAAGAUGCACGUUUCUCGAUCCGCGAAGCAGCCAUUGGACUUGCUGCUGAUAUCGGAACAUUGCAGCGACUCCCGAAAGCCGUCGGCAAUGACUCUCUCGCUCGCGAGUUGGCUCUGACAGCACGCGACUUUGAUGCAGCAGAGGCCAAAGAGCUUGGCUUUGUCAGUAAGGUAUUUCCCUCUCAGCAAGAAGCUUUGCGUACGUAUCACACGACAAGCGUGCAAGAAGAAUCUUGA